AUGACAACUAUAUCGGUGUGGAGUAACUCGCAACAUCGCUCUUUGUUCAAGAAGCCGGAUGGGUACUACUCUGAUUCUCCGCCCAACAGGUUGAGAAUCAUGGAAGACCCGAACUUGUCGCAUUAUUUAUUUUCUGACGCGCACAUCGACAAGAACACCGACCCGCUUGUGUGGAAGCCGGAGCUACAAGAAGAGCAGGCGCAGUCGGAAGAUGACGCAGGAUCGCUACACGGGCUUUUAUAUAUGUUGAUGGAGUACGAGCGGCGCAAUGGCAAAAAGAUUGACGCGGACUUCAUUGCGUCCGGCGAGCACCUGAAGCAUCUGAUCUAUCCCUUAUUGGGAGGUCCCUCUGCGCAUGUAGAUAUUUACGUGAGGAACUUCGACGGACAGAUAUUCAUUCGUGCGGUACAGAAGAAGCACUGCCCGCUCAGAUAUGAGAAUCGGGGCAAAAUUUGUAGCUGCGGGAAGCGUAUGCAGGAGGAGGGCAGAUCGCCUUCCAUGACGAUUAAUUCGAGUUACGAGCUGCCGUUUUGGAGCAAGCAGGUCGUCCGCAACGGGCCGCAAUACAUGAAUGUGGCGAGAGCCGGCGUCGGGGAGCAUAAGAUGGUGAUCGGGGUCGAGGCUGACGGGAUCUUGGCAUCCAAGGAGCUUAAGGGCGGCAAUCUCAAGCACUACGUGGAGCUGGGGGUUUGUAAGGAACGCUGGGACCUCGACAGAAGGCUUUUCUUUGUAUGGCUGCACUGCUUUGUGGUAGGCAUCGACAGAAUUACUAUUGGAUUCCGGGAUGACAGCUUCAAGCUGGUGGACGUCCAGGAAUAUAGGACGAUGGAGAUUCUGCAGCUGUUCGAGACCUCAGCGCUACGCAACGACUGUAACUCGGUGAUGAAUUGGUAUGGUGAGAUUUUGAAGAAUUUGUCUCGCUUUUUCAAGCGACGUGCAGAUGACUUCUGUGUCUACAAGCUGAACGUUUCUCGUUCCCUUGGAAUACUAAUGGCGCAGGACUGCACAUGGGGGUACGACAACGAUAUCAGAGCUGUUGACGACUUUAUUCCUGGUUGGUUCCGCGAAUGGCGGCAAUCCUUAAAACAACCACACCAUGUAUUAGGCGAUGGGCGUAUAGACGUUUUCGAGCCCUACACUUUGAGUUUACGUAACUGCUGGUCUGCAUCACCAAGAACCUCUGUUUCAGGUACAUUAACUUCCGUUGCUCGAUUGUUGCAGAGAUCCCGAGAUAUGGUAAUUGAGUCAGAGCUCUCUCCGUGGGGAAGCAUGAUAUUCUGGCCACCGGAGGAGUUGGGGUACUACUCUACGAAUGUGAGCGGAGAGCUUAAAGUCAUGGACGACUCAAACCUGUCGUAUUACUAUUUGCCCGACGCCGACAUCGAGAAACAUAUCGAUCUUUCCGCGGGCGCGCGGAAGUUCCAAGACGAGCAGGCAGAGGCGGAAGAUGACACAGGAUCGCUGCACGGCCUGUUACAGACGCUGAUGGAGUACGAGCGGCGGAAGAGCAAAAAAGUCAACGCGGACAUCAUCGCGUUCAGGGGGCAGGUGAAGCGGCUGAUCCAUUGUGCGUUUGGAGGUCACGCCACGGACGUGGACAUGUACGUGAUGAGCUUCGACGGGCAGCUCUUCAUUCGUGCGGCACGCAAGAAGCUUGAGUUCCCGACGUCUCCGCGGGAGAGUUGGGCGUACCUUGCGUAUUACAGCGGAUACAAAUUCGAGCGCAUGGCGCUCCUGGACCGUCCGGUGGCCGAAACUCCGCGCGAGGUUCUGGAGAGCCGCGGCAAACAGGUCGUCCGCAACGGUCCGCAAUACAGGACUGUGAUGAGAACCGGCGUCGGGGAGCACAAGCUGGUGCUCGGAGCUGAGAUCGACGGCAUCAUUGACUUCCGCGAGCCUACGGGCGACAACCUGAAGCACUACGUGGAGCUGAAGGUGUGUCAGAAGAACCGGAACUUCUCAGAGAAACUUUUCUCUUCUUGGCUGCAAUGCUUUCUGGUGGGCAUAAACAGGGUUAUUAUUGGAUUCCGGGAUGAGAAAUUCGUCCUGAAGAGCGUCGAGGAGUUCAGUACGUCAGAGAUCCCACACCUGUUAAAGGGCACGGAAUAUUCCAAUGUAUGUGUGGACGCAAUAGAGUGGUAUGGUGCUCUUACGAAGUGGCUAUGUGAGCUUCCGCGGGGCCCUGAAGACGACUUCAAGCUGUACAGGCUCUCCUGCUCGCAUGGUGCUUUACGUCUGCGCCAGCUGCACGACGAAGACCUCGCGAAUGGGGACGAUAUUAUUCCUGGUUGGUUCCGCGAGUGGCGGCGGUCGCUCAAUAGUACAUAA